AUGUCAUCCAGAAUCACUCGCUCCUCCGCGAGACUUGCUACCGACCCCCCUCCUGUUGAGUCCGAUACACCGCCACAACCCCCGGCCCAGCUUCAUCUCGGAAACGGAAGGCUCCAUCUCGCAACGAUCGACCGGCAGACACCCCAGUUCAGCCAACAGCGCCGUCGCCCCAAAGGAAAACAAAGCGACCGCGGACUGCAGCACCACAAACAGCUCCAUCCACUGGUCCUGUUGCUGCUGUACUCCGUCGAGGCGCCCGCAGUCGUCCAGCCAUGUCACAACCAGGACCGUCUUCUCGGCCAUCGGAGGACUCGUCCAUACCCACAACGACCCCGCAGCCGUCACGGCGCAAGUCCAGCCGCAACGGUGAGUUUUCGUGAAGAGAAACACGGUCUUCCAAAAUUGGAACGUCACGGGACAGCACAGUCUCCACCACCCCGACGUCAGAAGAGGCGAUUUGCAAAACAGAAUCCCGAUGUCAUGAUGCGAGAUGCGGAGGGGGAGGACGAGGAGGAGGAGCAUAGUGAAGAGGAUAAAGAUGAACACGAAGAGGAACAUGAGUCUCCCACGGGUCAGAGCAACGAUGGAAUCAAUCCCUCGGCCUUCGAGGAUGACGGUGACUUGGACCCGUUCCACAGCAGUCUUUUUGGUGGUCGAGCGCCCAUGGGACUGGAGACCACACUUCGUGCGCUCAGUGGAAUGAUGUCCGGCUCCGGCUCUACACGAUUUCGGGAUAUUCUCUGCAACCUGAGGGCCAAGGAUGAUCCUUCCCUUCAACUGAUUGCCCUCCAAGAGUUAUCGGAUACCUUGCUUAUCUCCAAUGAGGACAACCUAGCGGGGCAAUUCUCUCCUGACCCAUAUGUGAAGGAGCUCGUGGCCCUGAUGCAACCAAAUCAAUUCGGCGAGGAGAACCCAGAGAUUAUGCUUCUUGCAUGUCGGUCCCUUGCUAACUUGAUGGAGGCUCUGCGGGGCUCCGUUGCCAAUGUUGUAUAUGGAGGUGCUGUGCCAAUUCUUUGUCAGAAGCUUUUGGAUAUACAAUUUAUCGAUUUAGCCGAGCAGGCCUUGAGUACCUUGGCCAAGAUCUCCGUCGAUUUCCCCGCCUCCAUUGUGCGGGAAGGCGGAUUGACGGCUUGUCUCACCUAUCUGGACUUCUUCCCUACCAGCACUCAGCGCACAGCUGUGUCGACGGCUGCUAAUUGCUGUCGCAACCUGCCCCAUGAUUCGUUCCCUGUGGUGCGGGAUGUUAUGCCCACUUUACUUAACGUGCUUUCGAGCAAUGAUCCUAAGGUCGUGGAGCAAGGGUGCCUCUGUGUAUCCCGAAUUGUCGAGAGUUUCAAACAUCGGCCUGAGAAUCUCGAGGAACUUAUCGAGCCUGCGAUGCUCAAAGCAAUUUUGAGACUUCUGUUGCCGGGAACAACCAACCUCAUAGGUCCACAUAUCCACACGCAAUUCCUACGGGUAUUAGCCAUCACCUCGAAGACAAGCCCGCGGCUGUCAAACGAGCUCCUCAAAAUGGAUGUAGUGGAUACUCUGUAUCAGAUCUUGACUGGCGUGUCUCCUCCACAGGACAUUGAUAACACAGCUGUCAAGAUGGAUAGCGUUCUGGUCAUGCAGGCAUUGAUCCAUCGGCCUCGAGAGCAAGUCUUUGAAACGCUGAAUGUGAUCUGUGAGCUCCUGCCUGGUGUUCCUAGCCGGGAUGCAUCGAAGACAGACAACCUGCUGAGCACGUACUUUGAUAGCCAUAUGUCCAUCGGCCUGAGAUCUCCAAAAACUAAAGAGGCCGUGGAAGAAAGACGGUCGUUGCUCGUUAACUGCAAGAAUGAACUGAAGCGUUUUGCGAUGAUCCUGUUCCCCACUCUGACCGAUGCUUACUCAAGCACAGUUAAUCUGCAUGUCCGCCAGAAGGUUCUGAUUGCACAGCUUAAGAUGCUGCACAUUUUGGAACCCUCUUUGAUCGAGGAUGCUCUUCGCACUGUCCCCUACGCCUCAUUCCUGGCUUCCAUUCUCUCCCAAAAGGACCACCCCUCUCUUGUGUCUUUGGCACUGCGAUGCGCCGAGCUUUUGUUCCAGCGGCUUGAAAAUGUCUACCAACAUCGAUUCCACCGCGAAGGAGUCAUUUCUGAGAUUCUCAAGCUCUCCGAAGGUUCUCUGUCCGGCGACAGUGAAAUUGUUGAUUCAUCUGAUCCCACGCAUUCCGAUACCACUGCAGAAACUUCGCGCAGGGCUCACGCAGAUACUGCAGCCGAGAGAGACGACGAUGGCCAUGAGAAUGAAGAUGCUGGUGACUAUGAUGAUGAUGGCGACGAAGACGACGAUGGCGAAGACAUGUCUGAUUCCGAGGAUGAAUCUGUCUCAGCUCCGCGCAAUCUGCAGAAGAUGGACAAUGCCCUCAAUGACGUAGUCAUCCGAGACGCCCAGGCUUUCCUUGAGGUUUAUGAGGCUAGUCAUGGUGAAACCGUUCGAGAAGAAGCAGUACGGAUCUUGACAGCGCUCAAAGCCCUGGCAUCGGAAGUGGGGUCUUGUUAUAAGCGUGGUGGCGAUGGCGGUCUCCCGUUAUUCAAACAGCUGGCUUCAUAUUUCGACGGAGACGCUUUGGAGAGCAUCACCAGCUCCGAGUUACUGAACUCGGGCAUUAUCCAGGUUCUUUUGGACGUUCUUGGAAACUACCAAGCACCCUCUAUCCGUAAUGCCCGAGCUGCCUUUUUGAAGGCUUUCAUGGGUGUUUCAAUCUCAGACAAGGCACAAAGUCAGAGCACAGCCACGACUCCUUUCAGCGUGCUUAUCCGCAAAUUGCAAGAUUUGCUCAGCAGAAUGGAACAUUUCGAGGUCCUUACGAUCAGUCACAACUCGCUUGAAAACACCCGCAGCAAUGCCACAUACAUGCUCUCUAAACAGCUGCGGCUCAAGUUGGUUGCUGAUGAGGCCUCAUCGGUUCCCCGCCCUUAUCGCAACAUUAUGGUGUCGAUCCAUGCUAUUGCCCCAUUCCAUGCUCUCAAUGAUUUCCUUCACCCGCGAAUCGCGAUAGCUGAAAAGCCCCGCUCUUCUCGCACCAGCAGAGAUGCCCUCCUCGCUCAGAUCGCGACCGCCUCACGACUACGUGAUGAGAUGGCUUCGGGGUCUGGAUUGCUGUCGGGCCAUGGAGCCCAACAUGGUACCAAUGCAGAUCCUUCGACAGAUGGCCAUACUUCCCCUAGCGCACGGCACCGACCCAACCGACCAGCGCAGCCUCAGGAGGAGGACGAUGAAGAAGAGCACGAUGGCGAGCCACUUGAAUGUGCCGACGAGAGGCAAUUGGCUGAUGAUGACGAACACGAUCCCGAUGAGGACGAGGAGGAGGAGCUCAACGCCAUCGAUGAUCUUGACGAGGACCUGGAAGAAGACAACAUCUCUGACCCUUCAGCUGUCAACAUGGAGGUUGGAUCCGGAGGCAAGGUAACGGCUCGCAAGGAAGAUGGUACCCGGGUUGGAACCCCAUCCCAGUCUACGGGCGGAUCCAAGGCUUCUUCGUCAGCGCCCAACCCACCAUCUCACUCUCGCUCUAACAGCUCAUUGGCCACCGCUGGGCGUCCGUUCUCGUCCUACGCUGCUGCCACUGCAUCGGUCCCCCAGGAUUGGCACCUCGAAUUUUUCGUGGAUGGUAAGAGUGUCAAUCUAGACACAACCAUCUACCGAGGUGUUCAUCACGACCGCGAGGAUUUGGAUGAGACCAAUGCUAAGAAUGUUUGGUCUUCUGUCCACACUAUUACAUACAAGCGUGUUCCUGGCCCGCCGCCGCCAGAGCCCUCAACCCUGACCUCAACCACCCAAGGCAGCUCUACCCAGGGAGAUAUCCUUGACAUCCCGGCAUCCCUCAACAAAGAUCCCACAACUGCAUCCAUUAUUCGCUUGCUCCGCGUCUUGUACGAAAUGAACGCAACCAUUGAUGAUAUUCUGACAGACGUCAAAGACUCAGCGACUAUCACUUCCGAGCCCUUGGCCCAGUUUAUAAACACUAAGCUUACAGCUAAGAUCAACCGGCAGCUAGAGGAGCCUUUGAUUGUGGCAAGUGAUUGUCUCCCGAGUUGGAGCGAAGACCUGGCGAGGCUCUUCUCUUUCCUCUUCCCAUUCGAGACAAGACAUCUUUUCUUGCAGUCCACUGCUUUCGGUUACUCGCGGGCAAUGUUGAAAUGGCAGGCCUCUCUCAAUGGUGAGGAUAACCGACGGGACAUACGUCGCGACGAUCGUCCAUUCAUGGGAAAGCUGCAGCGCCAAAAAGUGCGAAUCUCCCGUACUCGCAUCCUUGAUUCUGCGUUGAAGGUCAUGGAGCUUUAUGGAUCAUCCCCAAGCAUUCUUGAAAUUGAAUAUUUCGAAGAAGUCGGCACUGGAUUGGGACCAACUCUUGAAUUCUAUUCUACUGUAUCUAAAGAGUUCUCCAGAAGGAAGCUCAAGAUCUGGAGAGACUCUGAUGGUAGCUCCACUGCGGAAUAUGCUUUCGGCAAGCGUGGCCUGUUUCCAGCACCAAUGAGUGACCAGCAAAUAGCACAGGACUACGGCAAGAAGCAGCUGAAUCUUUUCAAAGUUCUCGGAAAGUUUGUCGCCCGCUCCAUGCUUGACUCCCGGAUCAUCGACAUCUCGUUCAACCCCGCAUUUUUCCGUAUCGCGGACACAAUGUCCUCUGUUGCCCCAUCCCUGGGCACAGUUAAGGCAGUGGAUCACGAUCUGGCCAAAUCUCUGAUCAUGCUCAAGCAAUUCGUGCAUGAGAAGAAUGCAGUGGAACAGGACGAGCACCUCUCGCCAAACCAGAAAGCCGAGGCUCUGCAAGAUAUCGUCGUUCAUGGUGUUAAGGUUGAUGACUUGGGUUUGGAUUUCACACUGCCUGGAUACCCCUCCAUCGAGUUGAUCCCAGGUGGCACCGAUGUUCCAUUAACUAUUGAGAACGUUGACACUUAUAUCGACCGAGUGAUCGAUAUGACAUUGGGCAGUGGUGUCCGUCAUCAAGUGGAAGCCUUCCGCGCGGGCUUCUCCCAAGUGUUCCCUUACUCCUCUCUCAGCGCGUUCACCCCCAGCGAGCUUGUGAUGCUUUUCGGACAAGCCAAGGAAGACUGGUCUAUCGAGACUCUCAUGGAUUCCAUCAAGGCCGACCACGGCUUCAAUAUGGAUAGCCGCAGCGUGCGGAACCUGCUGCAGACUAUGAGCGAGCUGGACAAUCAGCAACGCCGAGACUUCCUUCAGUUUGUCACCGGUAGCCCCAAGCUCCCAAUUGGAGGAUUUAAGAGUUUGACUCCCAUCUUCACCGUCGUGUGCCGCCCAAGCGAACAUCCAUAUACACCUGAUGACUACCUCCCCAGCGUCAUGACAUGUGUCAAUUACCUAAAGCUGCCAGACUACAGCGAUUUGGAAACCCUGAAGAGACGUCUUGCUCUCGCCAUUAAGGAAGGCCAAGGCGCAUUCCAUCUUUCUUAA